GCCGGCCCGGUCCGGGUCUCCGUCUCUCUGCAGGGGAGCGGGGAGCGAGCUCGCCCACGCCCACGCCCCCCACACUCCCGGGCGCACACUCGGGCGCACACCCCUGCGCGCGCACGCCGCCACACACGGGCGCACGCACACCGCAGCCGGGCCAGGGACAGCCGUGUCGGCGGCGGCCCCGCGUGGUCCCGGGCGCACAACCGGUCCCCCCGAGGGCGCCACCGACCGCCCCGCCCCGCCCCGCCCCCCUAACCCGCGGAGCAGGGCGCCCAGUGGGCUGCAAAGUUUCGCCGCGCGAGUCCGCUGGGGCGUCGCGUCGGCUCAGGUUUGGCUCGGCUCCGCGGGGCUCCGGACGGCCGUGACCGCUGGCCCGCGGCUCGGGCGGCGAGGACGGACCUGCGCGCUCGCCUCGGGUCCCGCUCUACCCCGCGCCCCGCGCGGAUCUCAGCAUCCAGCGCCCCGCGCGCCCUCCCGCCGCCACAGGGUCGGUCCGCAGUCGCCGGUGUGCCCGCGAGUUCUCUCCUCCUCCCAGGCUUCGACCCUCCUUCGCCGCCGCCACCCACCAUGGCCCGUGGCCCCGCUGGGACGAGCCCGGGAAGGCGGCCCCAACUGUUGCCGCUGCUGCCUCUGCUUCUGCUGCUGCUCCGGGACGCGGGCGGCAGCCACCCGGCCCCCGCCUGGUCCGCCUCGCCUGCAGCCUCUGAUGGUCUGGCUGGGAUCAAGGACCCCUGGCGGUCCCUGGGGGACGCGGCCACCACUCUGGGCCCCGGCGCCCAAGACAUGGUCGCUGUCCACAUGCUCCGGCUUUAUGAGAAAUACAGUCGGAGGGGCGCGAGGCCAGGAGGGGGCAACACGGUUCGCAGCUUCCGGGCCCGGCUGGAAGUGGUUGACCAGAAGGCUGUGUAUUUCUUCAACCUGACUUCUAUGCAGGAUUCAGAAAUGAUCCUCGCGGCCACAUUCCACUUCUACGCAGAACCUCGGUGGCCCCGGGCACGAGAGGCCCCAUGCAAGCAGCGGGCCAAGAAUGUGUCCUGCCGCCUACUGCCCCUGGGCCUGCCCGCUCGCCAGCACCUUCUCUUCCGCAGUCUCUCUCAGAACACGGCCACACAGGGGCUGCUCCGCGGGGCCAUGGCCCUGGCGCCCCCGCCACGGGGACUGUGGCAGGCCAAGGACAUCUCCCCCAUCGUCAAGGCAGCCCGCCAAGAUGGCGAGCUGAUCCUCUCUGCUCAGCUGGAUCCUGGGGAGAAGGCCCCAGGGGUGUCCAGGCCCAGCCCGCACGCGCCCUACAUCCUCAUCUACGCUGACGACCUGGCCAUCUCGGAGCCUAACAGUGUGGCAGUGACACUACAGAGAUAUGACCCCUUCCAGGCUGGGGACCCGGAGCCCGGCGCUGCCCCCAACAGCUCGGCGGACCCCCGUGUGCGCCGGGCCACGCAGGCCACCGGACCCCUCCAGGACAACGAGCUGCCAGGGCUGGACGAGAGGCCGGCGCACGCCUCCCACGCCCAGCACUACCACAAGCACGAACUGUGGCCCGGCCCUUUCCGGGCGCUGAAGCCGCGGCCUGGGCGCAAGGACCGCCGGAAGAAGGGCCCGGAUGUGUUCAUGGGCUCCUCGAAGGUGCUGGACUUCGACGAGAAGACGAUGCAGAAAGCCCGGAGGAAGCAGUGGGCCGAGCCAAGGGUCUGCUCCCGCAGGUAUUUGAAGGUGGACUUCGCAGACAUCGGGUGGAACGAAUGGAUCAUCUUGCCCAAGUCCUUCGACGCCUACUACUGCGCCGGCGUGUGCGAGUUCCCCAUGCCCAAGAUGGUCCGCCCGUCCAACCACGCCACCAUCCAGAGCAUCGUCAGGGCUGUGGGCAUCAUCCCGGGCAUCCCAGAGCCUUGCUGCGUUCCCGACAAGAUGAACUCUCUUGGGGUCCUCUUCCUGGACGAGAACCGGAACGUGGUUCUGAAGGUAUACCCCAACAUGUCUGUGGAGACCUGUGCCUGCCGGUAAGACCAGCCACUCUGGGUGGAAGGAAAUCUCCGCCCCACCCCACAUCCAGCAGGGUAGCAUCCUCAGGGCCUUCUGGGGUGAGGCCUUGAUGAGGGGUGCAGCUGUAUAUGUGGGGCAGAGCUCAGAGGCACCCUGGCUGGGUCCCAGAAAGAUCUGUCCCCUGGGGCACAUUCUGGGGUCUCUCAUUGCCAAUGACUUAGCCCCCUACAUGCCAGUCUGAAUCCCCUGAAGGAAUCUGGGAAUUAGGUAUCGCCUGAAGGCUGCCCAUUGCCCAUCCCCUCUGCUCUGAAGACCUGAAAGCCGGAUGUGUCUGUAGUGUUGGCUUUUGUGACCAUCAUCUCAAAACCUUGGGAGAAGACUGCACCUGCUGUCUUCACAAGAAAGAACCUCUGUUUAAAGAAUCCGUUUAAAACACUCUGGGCCACAUACUGAUUCUGGAAAACAGGGCCUAAAUAACGGUAUAAACUUCCAAACUCUGCUGCAAAAGCUUUCACAGAAGCCGUAUGCACAUAUAACCAAUUUUGGUUUCUUUUUCUUAAUAUAUAUUUUAUUUUAAAACAAAGAGGAGGGGGUGGACGCCAUUCCCCGCAGAGGUAAUCGUGCCGGUUAAGUGUGCAUUGUUUAAACAUGUUUAUUGAAAUAACACCUACAAUAAUAUGUUGGAAUACUAAAAAAUAACCAAGAUUUUUAUAUUUUUGUAAAUUAUACUUUCUAUACUGUAGAUUGUGUAUGUUAUGUGUUUUUAUGGGAUGCUAAUAAAUUAAAGGUACAGUGGUAUCUUGAAAAA